AUGGAUGUAGGGAAUGGCAGAACAAUCAAGUUCUGGGAGGAUGUCUGGCUACCUGGUGGAAGGUUGAAAGAGAUGUUUCCUAAACUUUUCUCGAUUUCAAACCUCACAAGAUCUGUUAUAGGGGAAUGCGGGUUCUGGGAUGGGUUAGAAUGGAUCUGGAGUUUCCAAUGGAGGAGAGAAUUAUUUCAGUGGGAGCUGGAGCUUUUACACCAACUCCAUGAGGUCUUGCAGUCAGUAAGAAUAACAACUGAGAGGGAGGACAGGGUAGUCUGGAAAUAUGAUAAAACUGGUAUUUUUACUACUAACUCCUUUGUGCAGGUGAUGCAGGAGGCAGCUCUCCCGGAGAAAAUUACUAGCUAUAGAUUUACUAGUGCUAUUUGGAGGGGAUUCGCUCCGCCAAGGGUUGAGUUAUUUUCGUGGUUUAUUUUGGUUGAGAGGGUGAACACUAAGGAGAGACUAUGCAAAUUAGGUGUCAUUGACCAGCAUGAUAAUUUAUGUGUUCUAUGUUGUAAGUCUGUUGAGUUUGCUGCCCAUCUUUUUAUUGGCUGUGAGAUCACUUGGCAGGUGUGGUGUGCAUGGCUAUUCGCUCUUGGAAGGAUAUGGACUAUGUCGGGUACACUAAAACAACACUUUGAGAGUUGGACGAAUGCUUCAUCAAGAAAGAAUGAGUAG